AGAGUAGUAGAUGGAUCAGAACAGGCAAACAGGAGUCUGGGACAAAUAUCUAAAUCAACCAGAUUAGACAGUGGCAUAGAUCUAAAUCAACCAGAUAGUGUAGGACUCCAAAUCUCAUUGAUGGAUCUCAGGGUUCUGGCUCUUAUGCUGUGUGUCACCAUCUACUCCAUCCAAGGAGCCAUUCCAAAAUGUUGUGUUGGGACAUCCAGGAGCAUUCCUUUAAGCAUACUAAUGCGAGUGGAACGAUAUGACGUCCAACACAGCCAUGGUGCAUGUGAGAUCGACGCUGUUGUAUUACAUGCCAAUGGGAGGAAGUACUGUGCAGACCCAAGAGUGAAGAAGAUCGUGAGAGCUGCCAUGCGAAUUAGGCAAGCUCAGCUGAUGAGGCAAAAACUUAACUCAAUCAUGAGAAGAUGAGGAUAUCCUGCCAGUUCCAUCCAAUGGAGCCACCGUGACAACUUUGAUUUAUGUGUUUUAAAUUCUCAUCUUUUUGUUCUGUUUACACAUAAAACAUCUGUUUUAAGUUGUCUUUUUACUAUGUUCAUAUUUCACAGAAGUAUGACUGAUUUAAUCAUUAAUAAAUUAAUUGUGAUUUUCAAUUAAACCUAAUUACCUUUUGCUUUAUUAGCCAACUCCAAUGUGGUGAAUGACCAGCAAUGACAACUCAAAAUUGGUGAAGCUGAAGAAAAUGCACAUGGAUAGAAAAAACAGCUUGUUGAUCAGUAAACUACUUCCUCUUCAA